AUGGCCCCCGCAAUUUCUCUUGACCACACGACCCCUGCAGUCGUCCCCGAAUCUAAGGAGACCCCAGCGGCCUUCGCGCCUACCAAUGAUCUCUUCUCGCUAGGAGGUCGCACCGUCGUGAUCACCGGGGGAGGUCGUGGCCUCGGCAUUAACCUGACUGCGGCCGUCCUCGAAGCCGGCGGCAAUGUCGCCUGUCUCGAUUUGCUUGAGGAGCCCAGCGCUGAGGAGUGGGUUGGAGUUCAGAAGUUGGCCAAGUCGCGUGGUCUGCAGGCCACUUACACAAAAUGCGACAUUACAGAUGAGGAGGUUACCCAGGGCCAUCUUGAGCAGAUUGCGGCCGAUGCUUUGAGCCGGGGAAUGCCCCUGCGCGGUCUCAUUACUUGCGCGGGAAUUCAACAGAUGGUGCCUGCGCUUGACUACCCGAUCGAUGGAUACCGGAAGAUGCUGGAUGUCAACGUUCUUGGAACUUUCAUCCCCGCCAAGCAUUGCGCUCGUAUCUUCAAGGACCAAAAGAUGGGCGGAAGCAUUGUCAUGAUCGCGUCGAUGUCCGGCCAGAUUGCGAACCGCGGGUUGACUUGUACCGCCUACAAUUCAUCGAAGGCUGCUGUCCAUCAGAUGUGCCGAUCUGUUGCUCAGGAAUGGGGCCAGUAUAACAUCCGCAUCAACACCCUCUCUGCCGGAUACAUCCGCACCGCGAUGACCGACGGCCUGCUGCAGGAAAAGCCAGAUCUCGAAGAGACAUGGAUGCGUGGUGCGUUGCUCGGCCGCCUGGGUGCGCCCGAGGACUUCAAGGCGCCCACUGUCUUCAUGCUCGCCGACGGUGCAGCUUGGAUGACUGGUGCUGAUCUCCGUGUUGAUGGUGGUCACUGUGCUUCAGCAUAG